AUGGCUGAUAUACCAACAUCUACCCCGUCCAUCACCGUCGCCGGCUCAUCCAGCUCUGGGCCGCUGUGGCACGCAUAUAUCCCUCCCCCUUCUUCGGGGACCCCGAGACGACCCUUCGAGCUGUCGACCCCUCUGGGCUCUCGGAGCGCCGCGAAGUUGUCUUCCCAGCACCCUCCAUCCCAUCCUCACGACCGUCACGAGUACUACGAGCCUACGAACACACCGCGGCGACGCCAGCAGUCGCCGACCCAGCUGCCGCAUCUGCAGCCCACGCCCGAUCCAGCCCGGACCGCUCCAGCCGAAGGGAGGACCCCCUCCCCCCUCUCCAUCCGCCUCCGCCGGACCCCCAAGUUCGACGCCGCUCCCAGCCCAGGGUCGGCCCCCUUGGUCCACCAGGUCCACCUGGGCGCCGCCUCAGUCGGCUUCCAUCCCCGGCCGUCGCCUUCUCUCCCGCCUGCCCUCGAGCCCAGCCGGGAUCCGACCGACCGGGCUGCUCCCACCCAGCAGCGGUACCAGCCGUCGUCUACCGCCCGCCGCCGAGACCACGCCCGCAGGCCAGUCGGUCCACAGCACCCCGCUGAGGACCCGGAUGAGGCGUCGACAGACCCCUCCCGUCGAUACUCGUUCCUCUCCCCUCACGAGGCAGACCAGCCAGGCAGCCAGGCAGCCACCCGCGUAUCCAAGCACACGCGCAGCGCAAUACUAUACGCCUUAGAGGAGGCGCUCCGGCACCCGAACCCCUUUACGCCCGACGUUGUCGAGGAGACUGCAGACAUGGCAGACCUCGCCGCGAGUGCCGCCGCCUCCAACGGGAGCAGCGGCCUACCCGCGCCAGGCCGUCCCACCGAGGGCCCCACCCCGACAGGCUCGCCAUCGGGCAUCAGGGGCCCCAGGAUGAUCAUGAAGGAGCGCAUGGAAAGAGAGGCCCGCCAGAGGGCCGAGGCGGAUAAGCUCAAGAUGGAGCGUACCAGGGCGGAGCAGGAAGCCCGCCUGCAAGAGGAGGCAUUGCAGAAUGCGGCACAGCGUCGGCCUGCUGGCGCUGCCGACCCCGUCGGCGGCGACCUGUUCGCCGUCAGCGACCCUCAGCGACAGUCUGCCGUAGCGCAACCCACGGCCACAUCCAUUCCCGCUGCACAAGCGUCACACCACCGCACAAACUCGUCCAGAUACGCGGCCAAUCAGCAGAUUCCCUCGCAAGCCUACGCCGGACAAUCACAGCAGCAGCAGCAGCAGCAGCAGCAGCAGCAGCAACCACAACCGCAGCGUAUACCGCAGCACGUCCGUAGCCACUCACAAGUGCAACAACAACCACAGCAGCAGCAACCCAUACCCCCGACAAAGUCACAGCAGGCCGGCGGCGAGGCGCCCUCACAACAACCCGCACAGCCCGCGGCCGCGGUGGCGGCCGGCUCGAAGCCGCGCAAUUCCUUCCCCCACGCCUUCGAGCGGUGGGAGACGCUGUCGGCCCAUUGGGAGGGUCUGACGAGCUACUGGAUCCGCAAGCUCGAGCAGAACAAGGACGACCUGAGCCGGGACCCCGUGAGCCAGCAGCUGGCGCGACAGGUGACGGACCUGUCGGCCGCCGGGGCCAACCUCUUCCACGCCGUGGUGGAGCUGCAGCGGCUGAGGGCCAGCUCCGAGCGCAAGUUCCAGCGCUGGUUCUUCGAGACGCGGGGCGAGCUGGAGCGGGCGCAGGAGGUCAACACGAUGCUGGAGAACGCGCUGGACCAGGAGCGGCGGAACCGCGACGAGGCCAUCCGCGAGGCCCUGGAGAAGGACAAGGGGUCGACGCACGCGCAGAAGCAGCUGGCCGAGAUGCGCAAGGAGCUGGCCAUAUCCAAGGACGAGGCGCGCCGGGCGUGGGAGGAGCUCGGCCGGCGCGAGCAGACGGAGCGCGACCGUACCCUGUCGCUGCAGUCGGGCAACCCUACCAUCGUCGGCGGCGUCCAGGUCGUUCCCAUGACGCAGGGCGUCGGCCGACACCAGCACCACCCGCCGGCCGCGCACGACGCGGGAGCCCACAGGGAGGGGUACUCGCAGGGUUACGCCGCCGACGACCCCCCUCCCCGGUCAUCCCACUCGGCGCACCGCGCCUCCCCCUCGACGCGUCCCGCCCACGCUCAGCAGCAACCCCAGCAGCACCAGCACCGGUACCAGCAAGGUGAGUACGUCACCGACGUGCAGGGAAACUUGGUGCUAGACACUCACGGCAACAAGAUCCCUCUCGCCGCCCCUCCGUCCAGCUACUCGGGUUCUGAUGCCGGAAUAGAAGGAGAAGGAGGGGUCGACUACGACACCCCGGCCACGACCAACCCCCCCAGCGGGACGUACGACCCUCCGUCACAUCCUGCUGCCGCCACGCCCUCCGGCCCCGGUGGUAGCGGCCAGCCGCAGCCGUCGUCGUCAUCCUCGGGCGGUCCCGGUCACGGCCACGGUCCCGGCAGCGCAGACUGGACCGGCACAUACUCUGACCCGCAGGACUACAGCGGUCAGGGCUACGCCACUCCCGCGUGGGACGACCAGCCGCGCCAUCACCAUCCUACUCGUCUGAGCGAUGUGAUUGAGGAGGAAGAUGAGAGGAGCCGAACAAGCGCCAGUCAACUCAGCCGUCAUUAA